CACAUCUCCACUCAGCCAGACGCACCGAGAGACGGUGGUGAAUGAGGAGGACCCGUGCGUAUUUACGCUCAGUGCGUACAUGUGUGUGGGGGGGAAGAGUUAGAGAGUUUGCCGCGUGCUGACAGGAGAACCUCGCGUGUUUGAGAGCGGGACCUAAAGAUAAGCUUCAGAAGGAGGAAGAUUCAUUUGGCUUUGACUUGACUGCAGCUCCACGCGCUCUCUUGGCUGGUUGUAACGCGCGACAGAGUAGGAAAGCAAACACGCUGAUUAAGAAGAAGGGGCUGAUUCAGUCCGAGCGGCUCCAGAGUUUUAAUCGUAUUUUUAGUAUCCCCCCUUUUUUUUGCCUCCUCUGCCCGUCCCUCCUGAGUGCGGAGCGGCAGGACGGACCGUGAGGCUGCGCGUCUCUGCCGGUGGAUGAUCCACUGGAUGCGGGACUAUGGAUUAGGAGACCUCUCUACUGCUGCUGGUGCUGCUGCUUCAGUUUUACCGCCGACCCCCUGUUUACUCCGGAAUUAUUUCAGCUUUCAUCAACCUCCCCUCCUUCCCUCUCGAGAUGACCGAGGAAUAUGUUUUGCGGUGCGUCCUGAUGCUCUGCUGCGCGCUGCUCUCGGCCAACGCGAGCAACUGGCUGUAAGUUUGGCACUAUACGUUCAUCAACUGACAACGUACAUCACUCUCUAUUCCCUCUUUUUUUUCUAUCAUUCCUGAAUCCUCUUGCUCUCCCUCAUCUUCAGAUCCACUCAUCAUCUGUCCUCUUUCUGCAGCUCAGUGGCUGCCCGGGUUAAACAUUAACCACCACACAUACUCAUACACACUCAGACGUAAUCAUUUACCAGCACCGACAUCCCCCCGCGAAGAUUCCCACUGAAAAGCCACUCACGAUGUCCGCGCAGGAAAGAUGCAGAAAGGACCGAUCCCUGCAUUCUUGGAUAGAACACUGCGUCUAUUAGCCUAUGUUCAGUAGCAGGUGGGACCAAUAAUAUAAUGCAUUCACAGCCUGAAGACAGAGGUUUUUAAAUAGGUAACAGAUGCAGCAUUUUGUCAGUAAACAGCCCUGUUUAUUGUUUAGUCUUAAUAAGCCCCAAAAUAUUUUAAAAUAUUUAAAACACAUUUUAGAAAAAAUAAGCGCUGCCUUUAAACUUUACGUGCUAUAUCAUAAAAAUAUAAACUUAAUAUAAACUUUUGACUUGCAUCCAAAUCAGACUGAUUCCAUCGUCUUAAAUUAUUGAUUAUCUGACUGCAUAUAGAGGAAUGAAACCACUGUCAGUUUUAGAGCACAGCCCUGGGGUUCCCGUGCAUCCUGGAAAAACCUGGAAAACAGAUGACCAAUUUUCCAGUUUCAUUGGAAGUCACAUGAAAAAAUGAGUGAACUUGCAAAAUGUCCUGGUAAAUCUUUCAAACACUCUUCUCAGUGAAUAUCAGAGCUCCCCAAAACAGAUGAUAUUGUCAUCUAAAGGGACCGAAUGGUGGUCCCAAUCAUAUCAAACAGCAACCGUCCCUCACGGACAAUCUUAUAAAGACUAGGCUGUAAACCCUCCUCAGUAAAAUAGUUGUACCUGCAGGGUCAAAUGUAGAAAUAGGAAUAACUACUGGCUACUUAUGGUCAUUUAUAUUAAGUGUGUGGAUGUAAAAGUCGGCUAAUUUGAAAUGGGCAGCAUGUUUGGUUUAGUCGCUAACAUGCAAGUUAGCUUGUGCUGCACAGAACAACACAAGGUUAGACAUGGGAUUUCAAAUGUGUGUUUAGCAGGGGACCAUAGACUGUAUCUAGAAUGGACGCCAUCUGCCUCCUUGCUGAGUGAAACCUCCACUAGAACAGCACCCCCUGGUGACAGGCUGCAGUAUAGGUCAUAAAUCCCGCCUCCUCAUGAAACAUACAUUUUUCUCCCCCCUGGUUGCGAUGUUGACAUAUAGUUCAUGUAAGACUGGUUUGUGCUCAAGUCCUCUCUUUUUUCCAUUGUUAAAAGUUAUUAGGAAGUUCAUGUUUUCUAUGAUUGACACUUGAUACAGCCGGUGAGCGUAUGGAGAUUGCGUGGCUCACCCGCGAUCACAGCUACUCUUCCGCAAAACGCUACUGAGCAAAUGCAGGUUUCAGGAAAUGGAGAAAAUCCCAGGAAUACCGAGAGUCAUUUGACGUUAAAUUCCUUCAAUGACGGGAGGCAAAACCACGCUGUCCGUACUGAUUUGGACGUACUAUGGCAGGGACAGGAAAUGUGGGGGAAUGACACACACCAAAUCAUGUCAGGUCUGAUAGAACAUGGACUGUAGCCUCUUUUACAUGAAGUGCACGUUUUACCGACCAGUUGUUGGGAGAGUUUGAUGAUGAUCGGGUCACGGUGGUUAAAACUACAUACAUCUAUUGCCCCUUUCUGGGUGUGAGAAUGACGCCUUUUAGUUUACCAGCUGGAAUAAGACUGACAAGGUCCUGGAAAAGUCCUGGAGAGCGAUGGUUACAAUACAGUGGGAACCCUGAUCCUGCAAAUGCACCAAGUCAGAAAAGAAAAUGGUAAUAAAUCAGAACGGUUAACGCUGGUGAGGUUGACUUCAUAUAUCAUCCAUUCUUGUUUUUUUGUUCGGAGGAGAUGUUAAAAUUUUCAGUCUGUCGGACUUCAGCGGCUCUUAAUCCCGGCCGAGGCAAACACACAGAGUGACUGUGUAGCAGAGCUGCACAGUGCCACCUCUUCCUGGGGCCGGUUGGUUGGGUCGCAUGUGUGUGCCUGCUCUCCCAGCAGCCUGUGGGAGGUGGUUAGGUGGGUUUCUGCAUUCCUCCACAGGCUCCGCUCCAUUUUCUGCUGCCAUUCAUCCCUCAUAGUUUUAGCAAAUUUACAAGCAGCACUCAUCAUUUAAGGAGGACCAUCUAGCUUUCCUUCAGGGAAUCAAGGCUGGUGUAAAAUGCAUGCUACCUUUACAAAACUACUUAUUUUCAUCAUAUAAAACAUUUCCCUUCGCUAAUAAUCUUUCAAAGCUGCUUAAAAUGCUGAUAUGUGUGUCUUCAUUUUCCUUCUGGUGUAAAUUCCUUUGUGAGAUUUAUAAAAACAUACCUACAGCCUUGUCUGUUUAUGUUUACGGAUCGCUGCAGACAGCCUAACUGAUAUUGGUGACAGAUUCAUCAGAAUAAAUCAAAUCACAGCCUUGCCAAACAGCACUGCCUACCUUGAACUCUGUCGCUGAGUGCAGGGUAAUUGUGCUGUUUGGGGCUGAAGGCGUGGUGACAGCAGUACAGCGCAGACAUGUACAGGCAGGCUGCUGAGCUGCCAGUCGGUUCCACGGGGUUUCACUGUUUGGAAAAAUCUGUGCGAGGUUGUGCGGACUGUGUCUCAACACUUCAGCAAAUCCUAGAGCAGCAGUUUUACCUCCGUGCAGCAGCAGGUACACUCAGGGUCAAAGGACAGAGAACAAUAGAGAGAAGUCCUCUGCAUUGUUUACUACAGGGACAAUUGUCUUAAAAACUGUAUUUAAUACAUCUUUAAGUCAUCCAUUAUUUAAAGUGUUCAAAGGCAGAAGAAAGAAAGAAGAAGAUGAUGAUAAACUGAAUAAAUCCUGAAGGAAAUUCAUUUUUCCCCCCUCUGUUCAUGAACACGCUAUAAAGGCACAUGCACAAUCAGAACCCAGUAAACAUGCAUUAAUGGAGAGAGGGGGCUGCACACAAACAAGUGGGGAGGGAGCAGCUUAACAUGCAGGUGGAACCAAAGGGAGGUUGAGAGUGAAAGUGUGUUAUCUUGUGUACAGGGGCAGAUCCAGGAGGUGGCCAUGGCCCUUAAAUUCUGAUUGGCCACCCGAAAACUCCUGAAUAAUGAUUAGCUUUUUGCCUCAUGAGAGGUCAUUUUGGUGUCAGAUAAAUGGUUUCCACAGGUUUCCAGCAGCUCUUUUACCCUCCUCCUGUCUUGGGGUCUGCACCGACCCGUUUUUGUUUUUAAAUACUUGAAAGAACCACAUAAAUGAGCUUUUUUGCAUCAAGACUUUUUGACUUUGUCAGGAACCUCUAGUUCAACAAAAUAAAAAUAAAAAAUUAAAAUGACUAAAUUAUAAAAUGCUCUUAUUAAAAUGAUGGCACUUAUCACGUUAGGGUCCCUGAUAACCUGGUUAGAUUAUAAAACAAUAAUCAGAGCAAAUACUGAAAUCGUAAGUGCAAUGUCAUGUGACACACUGACAGUCAGAUCCUCUUCAAAUCAUGUGAGAUUCAGGAAAUUCUCAUUUUGCCUGUUUGUUCCCUGCACAAAAAACAACAACGGACAUGUCCAGACAUGUGAGAUCAAUUCAGCACAGAUGUCUGUAUGAGGGUAUCCUGACAAAGAAAGGCCCAGAGACCCACAACAAAUAAUAUUACCAGCAAUAUUUUCAUGGAUAAUGAAGCCUAACAAGGUAACCUAGAGAUGAGAACCAAAUUGGGAAAUAGGGAACUGUUUCAGUGUAACUUGCAGCUGAUUUAAGACACAGAUCAAAACCGUUAACAUAGUGGGUGCGUAGUAAAAGCUAACACAGGAGGAAGGUUUAUCUAAAUUUUGUUGCACAUCUCCUUUUGUUGGUGCACAAGACGAGAAUUAUUUCUUCGGCCAGGAAAAUAGCACAGAUGUCAAAGCAAAACCAAAUCAUCCCUACAACACCCUCGUAGUUAUUUUCCUUGACGUGACAAAGGUCUUGCAGAUCCAUUAGCAAUAUUACUUAUGUUUUCAUGAGUAAAUAACUCCUAAUUUUUUCACUUUUACCUCACUGAGUGAUUAAAUUUGACUCUUUUGUUGUUUAAACGUCACUAUAAGAGUGAUACCUUCAUUAAAGUCAGACUCCAUGUAUGUUUCAAUCCACCAAACUUCACGAUGUAAAAACUUCUACGAAAGUUGAAGUCUCUCUUUAGUUUGGAAAGAACUGAUAGAUAGUGCCAAAAAUCCACUGGCCCCUGCCUGCUGUAUUUUAAUCGUUCUCUUUCCUUUGUAAUCUAAACACCUCCAGGCUUUUGGACCGCUAUGCUUGUUAAAUAAGUUAUUUCAAACAUGUCACCUCGGCCUUUUAGAAAUUAUGACAGGCAGGCCCUAUUUUUUGACACUUUGUGGAAACAAUCCUUAAUUUAUUAGUUCUGAAAAUACUCAGAGGGAGAUUUUAAACAUACCUGUUAGUUGUAGAGAUGUUAAUUAUCAGUACUUAAGAAAUAUGACAGAAUAAUACCGUUUCACAAAUAAAAGGUUUACUAAAAUACACAUGCUUUGAGAGUGACUCAGAACAGCUCAAAUACGUCUCAGCUGUUCUUACGUCACUUGAAACCACAGCCUGAACCGGACUGUUUGUUUACCUCACCUGCAGCUCUGUCUGUGCCUGUCACCUUUAGCCCGUCAGCCAGGAUGUGAUGGCUUUGCCAAAUCUCUGUGGCUGCUGAGUCAUGUUUAGUGUCCAGCCGUGGAAAAAAGGAUUUGCAUAUUACUUUUCAUUAGUUUGUCAGUCAUCGCCCUCCCCCUUUUUCUUCUCCUCCUCCUCCUCCUCCUCUUGCUCCACUCUGACUUUCUCUGCUGCACCUGCACGCUGCUUCAGGUCUGCCUGUGAGUGUGGGAACUUUUUGAUUAAGCCUGUAUGUUGACAUCUGUCCUUAACAGUGCCACACAUUAAGUAUUUACCUCACUUAUGGCAAAUGAAUGGCCACCACUUUCAGACACUAUCUAUCUCUGACUCACACACAGUCAUACACGCAAUCAGAAAUUCAGUUUUAUAUAUAAAUAUAUGAAGUGAGAGAAAGAGCAAUACCAGGAUACCAAACCGGUGCUUAUUCUGACACUGAACCAAACCCUACACUGAGGAGAGAGCUGAGUUAUGUCUGCUGUGAAAGCAUAUGUUUAUGCAGAGUGGAGUGGUGGUGGAAAAUGUACUUAUACUUUCUUUUGAGGAUCUACCAUUGUUGCACUUCACCAAGGAAAUAAUGAUGCCAUGAGUGUCAUGUGGACGAGUGUAGAGGUGCAGGCUAUUGCUGGAUAUAUAUUAGUGUAGCCCCCUCACUCAAUUCCUAUUUUUUUAAAUACUAUUACCUACCGGAUCAUACACACAGUAUUUUGCAUGGGAGAGGAAUUGGUGAUGCUACAGAAUAUAAACCAGGGAAUUGUGUGAUGUGUCUGUGUGAGUGUUAACUCCCAUGCAUGUCUUAAGAUAGCUCCCCAAAUGUGCACAACAUCAAUUAACAGGAACUACACGUUUAAAUUCACAAAUGUUCACAUUUAUUCACAGGAUAAAGAAAUAAAAAGAAGAAACAAAAUAGUUCUUAAUACCCAGGAUUUUAUAAAUCAGUCUGUGGCACCACGUACGUUGGCGCGCUGUUGGAGCCCUUGUAUGAGUGUGAUUUCCAAGUCGUUUGUACUCACGGUUACUUGCAAAUUUAGUGUGUUGUUACAACCAUCACGGAAACACAGAACGGAAGGAGAAAGUCGGUCCGCAUGCCGAAGUCCCAGGCGCGGCAAGUCCGGAGCACCUCUACUGUCGCAGCACGAGCGGCCGGUAUCCGAAGCACACUGACGGCACAAAAAACAAAACUUCACAUACACGUACUCACUCACAACGUGCCUGCGGUAACAAUAAGCAGUCUGAUACUCACUCAGGAACUUGAAAUUAACACCCGACCUCGCACGUGCAUCCUGACUCCAGUCUUCCUCUGCUCCUGCACAGUCGAUGCUAGUCAGCUAACAAUUUAGCAUAUAGCAUAUUUACGAACCUCGCCGAAUUUACCAACAACACUCACCCGCACGUCUCGAAACAACCACACGCCCCCGCCGCGAUCCAACACACCGAGCCUCAAUCCCGUUGGGUCUUCAUUUAACACUUAACAACGAAAGAACAAACUUUCACACUAUUAUUUCGCCUUUUCUCGGCAUCGGCGGAGCAUUUUUCCGCUGUGUCAAUCACCGCUCUCUCUCACCGAGAUGAAAACCCCGCCUUCCCAAAAACUGACAGGUCCCACUCCUCACCCAAACUUGACAAUGAUUGGCGAUACGCUCGUGACGCCUGUCAAUCACGCAAUACAGGGACCAACGGACAUGAGGCGUUCAAGGUCUGCCUUAACUGCGGGAUAUUUGAAAACUUUAACCAAAAAAUUACAUUCCUGAGAUUUUGAGGUGAUAUCUUACUGAAUCAACAAGAAAAAUAAGAGCUAUCACAGAAUCAAACAACUUUAAGAAUGAACUCAAAUUACUAGGGCACUACAUUAGUUACUGAAGCAGGCUAUCGGGGGCCUUCAUCACAUUGGAAAUGUUGACUGAGAUUUCGUCCAGUCUCGCGAGAAAUAUCAGUAAUCUCACGAGGGCUUCUCCUUCGAUAGCGGCAGCGGAUCGGAUCCGGUGGGCGCUGUAUGCUUGCAGAUCUGAUCCGCCUGCCGGUCAAGAGCAGAGCAGAGCCGUUCCAGAUCCAGUGGGAUUCCUGGGUCAGCGUCUCGGUCUGAUUGCAUUUUCAUGAAGUAAUGAUCAUAAAUUUUCUGCUGCACUCAGUGAUUGACUCGUUAGUAACUAGCACAACACUGGUUGGCAGAGGCUAAGUAUGCACAGGUAGUUGGCAGAUGUCUAAGAACAGGGUGAGGCAUAGGCAUGCCGCUGGUGCCUGUUUUCUUUUGGAGUUCACAAGUUGGCAAAUUAGAGUUUCUCAAGACAGAGAUCAGGAUUCCUUCCUGGUUCUGAAAUGGAGAUAUGAUGUUUACAUGCACAAAAAGAAAAACUUACUAUAAGUGGUACUUUAGUUCAUGGUUAAACAUGCUCAUCAAUCAGCUGUUGUCUUUUGAUCAGUGAGGGGUCCUGCUGAAGGAAAAGCAGUUGAAUCUUUCGCUCACAGACAGCAUGACAUCUACACAUGGAUGGAGUCUCCCCGGCGUCUCUUUUUAUCUGACUCUGUCUUUGUGUGUAUCUGAACAUGCAUGUAUACAUCCUGGACUGCUCCAUGGUGAAGUGCUGAUGGCAGCUGAUGGGUAACCAGAGAAAGGAAAGCAGAGACCUUGGCAUUACAGUACACGCUGGCGCCUGGCACUUUUUUCUCUCGCACACUCACACACACACUCACUCAUGAAUGAGGUAAAGCUGUGGAAUGUUAUUUUGAGCCCUCCUGUCACCAGAGUGUGCGCAAUUAUCCCGACACACUUAGAGCUUUGGAGGAUAACUCGGGAUGACCAGAUUAUCACCAGAACGGCUGAAGAUGAUGAUGAAACACCAUGGACCGCUGAAAGACAGGAGGCAGCUUGAACAGAUCUAUAGAAAGGUGGACGGGGCUUUUAGGCGACAUGACUCAUCCCCUGGUGCCUGUGACAGAGGACUUGCGCUUCUGAGCGACAAUGGAUUCAAACAGCUGACUGCAUUUGGAAGUGUAUACCACAGCUUCUGUUUGAUUCAGAGCAGAGACAGUCAUUUGCAGGUCUAGACCACGCUCAUUGUUUGAUGAAUUAUCAAGAACCAACCUAAGAUGGGUUUUGGCCCAUCUCAUCUAACAUGAGUAACAGUGGCAAGGAUAAACUUCCUUUUAACAGGCAGAAACCUUGAGCAGGACCAGACUCAUGCCAGACAGCCACCAUGCCGCUGCUGCUGGGUUGGAGAGGAAUACAGAGAGAAGAGGGGAGAGGGCAGGGGGAUGUAAUUGUAUCAAGGGGGACAGAGACAAAAUCAAUUUAAGGCUAUUGUCAAGUGGUGACGUAGAUCAGUUUUACACCAUCAUAUAGAGGGGUAACAAAUCAAAACAAACAUGCAGUACAUCUAAUUUUAUGGAGAACUAUAUUGUAGAUUCUUUCAUAGAUUCAGUGUGUGUUCAACUUUUUGAGAUAAUCAAUUGUCUAAAUCAUUUUUUUUUUACCCAGCCCUAGCUUAGACAUCCAUGGUUCCUGGAUGGUGAGCAUUUCUCCAACCUCUUCAUGUCAUUUCCACCGGCUUCUUUCCGUUCCGCUGCAGAUCCCCGGACUCUGCAGCUGAUUGCAAGAGUUCUAUUUUUCCGUACGCCGAGGCAUGCUGCAUAAAUUCAACACAGAUUAGCCCGUGCUGGAAAGGAAGUCGGGCAGAGACACAAAAUAAAACAACCACGUGUUUAAGACGGAUCGUUUUUCACACCAUGCAAACGGGCGGGGACAAACAAGUGAAAGUUUGAUAGACAGCAUUUCUUCCCAAUGACAUUGUGGAUGAAAAGAUGCUGAUUUUAUAAGUCUAGAAGUGGAUUUCCUCCUCUGGACGGACACAAUCCACUGCUUAUAUGGUUAGCCGAUGUGGCUGAAGACAACUUGUUAUCACGGGACUGCAUGUGAAUCCCCAGGUUCUUGAGAGUUGUGACUUGUGAUUCUCGCUGUCUGUAAUCCCCCCACUUCGCUUAUGUGUUGCAGUGUUAACUGUGUCUGUAGAGGCAGCUCAAAAUGUGAGCGUUGUGAUUCAUUUUAAACUGAAUGACAUAUUUAUUUGAAUUACAAAAAUGAAGAGAGAAGGAAACUAUCAUUUUGUUUAGAGUUAUCGAUCUCUCCAGUGAGUAGCUGUGUAUAGACAGCAGGUUUUUAUAGUGCAGAAAUUCUUCUGCUCCUGCUCACCGUGUCAGGGUUCAAACUCGCAAUAACAAACUGAUAACUUAACAUCAUCCCUGAGAUCCAUCAAAGACAUCCUUUGACUCUAGAGCCUAAAGAAUGAACAUGUUUUCUUAAGUAUCCACCGCUUUUAAUCUAGAUGCCAGUAUUGAUAUUGUUUAAUAAGCGCCACAGCAUGUCCCUAUUCAAUAGACAAAACAAGGAUUUUGAUUGAGAGCCAGCGUUUUAUCUUUUAUCAAAUUGCUCUAAAAGAAUUGUUACACUGUGGACUUUUUCUUAUUCCUCUUCCGGACAAAUUUCCAUUUGCUACUAGUCCUACAGCGUAAAGAGUUGUAGGACAAAUUAUAUCAAAAUGUGCAGUUUGAUCAGGAUUGGUGUGCUAUUACUUUUCUCUAUUGUAUAUGAAGUCGUGUAAGUCACGAAAAACUGAAAGUUGUACAUUAAAGUCAACUGAACAAGAGAAAUAAAAGAGCAGUUAUUGGAGUUUUUUGAACGUGUACUGCUCCAGCUGCGUUUAUUUGUGGCACUAAUAAAUACAUGAAAAAUUAAUGUUUUUUGUAGGUUUGCUUUCUAUAAUAUCACAAUGCUACUAGUACUAAUUUAAUCUCUAAAGAUUACACUCCGGUAGUACUCCCCGUGGUCCUUUGAAAUUUUCGCUGAGGACAUUUUCUAGUUUUAAUCAUGUCACCCUGUCAAAGUGUUAACUACUGGGGUACAGAUCACUAAAAAUGAAGUCUCUGUUGAGGGUGAAACCCUGGAAUAAGUGCUUGUAGAGCUCACUUUAGACCGUAAGCAAUUAUCAAGAACAUUUAAAGAUAGAUUAAAUUCUUCAUUUGGGUUUGACGAGAAACAAAUAUGUCCGGUACUCCUACAAACUUUCUUAAUCCAGACAAAUCUAAACUUAAUCUUAAAAUUACAGGUCUUAGGAGUGAGGGAUUCUGCUCUGCGGGGAUGGCUGGACACCAGAUAGGUGCAAACCUUGCUGGAAGUGUUAACCUCAUACACAGAGUCCUUUAUACAGACUUGUAAACAACACAUAGUUUAUACAUGUGUGUUAACUGUGUAAAUAAAAAGCAGAAGUAUUAAUGGGGCAAGUCCAAACCAGCCCAGUGCACAUGAAUGAAUCAAUUUUACAAGCAGGCUCAUCAUAGUUUGAACACAGUCACAAACUGAGAUUCAAGAUAAAAACACCCAUAAAUUUAUCUCUGACACAGCUGAAAGCUCCAAACAAGUUGAAAUGUUUGCUUCUUUAUCCACUGAUUCAUGAUUUCAUAACUUGCUGUUACAGAAGAUGCAAAAGACAUGAGUUUUAUUAGUUUUAUCUGCUUCGAAAACAAGUUGUUGCAGACAAAGAUAACCUUGUAGUUUGAUGAAUGCAGAGUUGAACAGCAUGAGCAGGCAGGUAGUUUAGGAUAUUAAUGAAUAUAAAUAAAUAAAAUGAACUAAACAAGUAAAUGAUUGUGGGCCCAGUAACAAACCUUGUGGUACACCUGGUGACAUAUUACUGAUGAAGAAUGAUUUUUCUUAUGCUGUGUUAGCCGAUAGCUCAGUGUAGUCCUCCUCCAGUCUGACUGAUGAUACACACCACAUCUUUCUUUUUCCAGUGCCGUUAGCAUUACUCCAUGGAAGGUAGUCUGUUUAUUUAUUCCAUUCAACUUUUAGUGACCUUUGGGUAGGGCUGCACGAUUAAUCGAUUUUAAAUCUUAAUUGGAUUAUUUGAUUAUGAAGAUGUUAAAAAAAUUAAAAUCAUCAAAUUGAUUUUCCUCUCUAUCAUGUCUCGUGCUUCCAGGCCACCGUAGGCUCCCCCUUCCUGCGAGAGCGUGCCCCAGUUCCCGCACACACCAGUGUAAAUAAACAUGGCGUUUGUAAAAGAAAGCGAUAAUUUCAUGGCUAAAUGGGGCAAGAGCAAGUCAUUUGUGUGGAAUUGGUACAGCUUCGCAGUUUCGGACAAAGAGCAAACCACUCCACACUGCAAAGUCUGUUUAAAGGCGGUAUCAACCCGUCCACACGGAAAUAAAUUCAGCAGUAAAUGCAAAAGUUUUUUGUCGUAUCGGUGUUUCAUCCACACAAAAACAGUGUUUCAGGUGACUGUAAACGGUGCUUUUUGAAAACAGGUAGGAGAGUGCAUAAAUCCGUAAACAACUACCAUUUCAUCUCUGUGUGGAUGCCUAUCUGCAUCACUCUUGAAACGAUCAUGUGACACACAGCGUAACUCUUUUAUGGCACCUGCGUGGGUCCGGCCAAAACAACCUUAAUGUGCAGGCUCCCUACUCUUCUUCUCUCUUUGGUGCAUUUCCUUUGCAGUGUCACUUACUGGACAAAAUAAUAAUUUUUAAAGUGAAGUUUGGUGGAGUUGUCAUUAAAAGAAUCGAGUUUUCAGAUUAAAAAAAAAAAUGAGGAUUUUAUUUUUGGCUAAAAUCGUGCAGCCCUAACUUUUGGACAAACAUAUUGAGUCAUUUUUGGUGGUACCCAGGGCGAGUUGCUGUCAAGAACCUCGAUAUUUCAUUGGAUUUCAAUUCUUUUGGUCAUGAUUUAGAAUGAAACUGAUUCAAAUUUUGAUUCAACAGUGAUCAAUAUGCUACACAUCUCUGGCUGAGCUGGAUUUGCAGCACUGAAGUAAUAACUCCUUAUCAUUUAUUAUUAAGUCUACUUUAUCACUCUGAUUUUCUGUGUCAACUAAAGACAUUGUUUUACCACAAUCAUUACAGUCACUGCUUUGCUAAGACACAGAAGCCUGUGCUGUUACUUGUCAGAUGAUCCAGGAUCCAGCCUCUGAUAGGUCAACAGACCAAAACAAAGAUGUCACCCUCUGCCCAGCAUUUUCAACUAACAACAGAAAUGACACAGUUUCACUCAGAUUAACUCAUGAAUCAUCACAGAUGGGUUUUUAUAGGGUUUCCAAUUGUCACUGAUGGAUACUCAGUUCUGCUCCUUGGGGUCUUUGCUGUUGCUCUCCCAGUCUUGGCUUUUCUUUUAUGCUCAUGAAACAGAGGCUGUUCCCUCUGUUUGAUAAAGUAUUUUAUGUCUGCAUGAGGAAGGACAGGGAGCUCUUUAAACAGGGUCAUACCACCAAAGACUAAACUACUAAAGUAAAUAAGUCAUUCUUCUGACACAAGUGGUCCUGACUGAACAAUACAUAUAGUAUAGUUCAGUCCAAGUGUUUGACAUAUAGUCACACACUUGGACCGCUUCUGUCCCCUGUCCACCUUGAUCUUGACCUCUUGAUUGGUGAACAUGUUGACUGCCUCACUCACUGACUUAAUGACAAACAACUGACUAAUCCACAGGGCACCCAGUGGGAGUGGGGCUUCAUCACAUUAGAAGAGUUCCAUGAUUGUUUGAAUUGCUAAAAAAUACUACAAUGCACAGUUUCCUCCAGGAUUUUUUUUUUAAGUUUAAAGUAUUUUUAAUGGGGAGCGUGUAUUAGAAAUCAGAAAUAAACUGGGCCAAUAGUCGGCAGAAAUUGUUUAUAUCCGACGUCUUCUGCGGAUAUAAACGAUUUCUGCAGACUUUGCAAAGUCAACUGCACAAUCAACAGCGUUCUGAAUGAACGGCGCUUUGAAAAGUCCCACAGCAUGUGUUAGACGUCACCAUCUACACAUGGACCAAUCAGGGGCUGCCUUUCACUGUUGUCCAGGGAACAGUGGAAACACAGUCACUGAUUGGCCCGGUUAUUUUCUGAUUUCUAAUACUCGCUCCCAAUUGGCCAAAGUUCAGACUGUUGUGGGAAGGAACGGCAAGUGAUUCACACAACUGGAUGGCCCAGCCAGGCUAACUCCUUGCUGCCAGACAGGAAGUUGAAACUUUUUAAAAGUAAGUUAUUUGCAAAACAGUGUCACAUUACAUGAGUACAAUUCCACACUCUUGUUAUGGUCCUUGAAUGUGCGUAUAUAAAGUCUUUAUGUUUAUAUGAGUCCAUUCAUACAAUGUAAUUUAAAUUUGAAACAUCUUAAAAAAUAAUUAUAAUUCUGAAGGCAUGGUGGCUUUUGUUUUGCCAUGGCGAUGCAUCACAAUCAUUUACAUGUAGUGGAAACCCUGGAAUGCAUCAAUGAAUCUUUUUUUCUUACUUUUUUACUUUUUACACAGUUGAAGGCCACUAAAGAGUUUUUGGAUACAGAUUUUUUCCACAGCUGAUAUGAGCGUCGUUCUCCUUCUUGUCUUACCAAACCCCAGAACAAUGACUUUACCUAAAUACAAGAAUGGUGACAGGUACGCUGCACCAGCACUCACAGUCCCAGCUAUGUUCUGAAUUUAGAAACAAUCAGCUGUUUGCAGCCAUUGUCUCCCUGGAGCUUCAGACCUCCAAUAUGGCUGCCAGAGUGUUUGUUCCAUCACCUGAAAGACCAAACAAUAGAAAACAUGACAGAGAAUCAGAGGACGGUGAUGUUAAAACAGGCUUAGGACUGAGGUUGGAAUGCAUCACAUAAUACAGACACACACAAACACUCACACACACACACACACACACACACAAACUGAUUCCUAGUAUUUUAGGGCAUGGCACUGACUUCAUGGAGGAGAUUAGUUUCAUGGCUUAAUGCCUCUUUCCCCAAAUUUGUGUGAAAGUGUGUCUGCUAAAUGUGUGUGUGCUUGUCUGCAUGCUUGCGUACAUGCUUGCAUGGUUGCGUGUGUGUGUGUGUGUGUGUGUGUGUGUGUGUGUGUGUGUGUGUGUGUGUGUGUGUGUGUGUGUGUGUGUGUGUGUGUGUGAGGGUUGUGGUGUUGGCAGAGUAUGUUAUUUUAAGGGGGGAAAUGAGCUCUACUGGAGCCAGCAGCAUAUAAAUACACCCAGACACACGCGUGGGCACUCACACUCACUCUCUCUCAUACACACACACACACACACACACACACACACAUAGAUACACAGCUUGUAGUAGAGUGGGACAGUGUGUGACUCUGUUCAUUGAACUUUUCAGAUAGUUUUUACAUCCACUCUAUUCUCUUUAAUGGCUUAUCUGUUACUCCGCUUUGAUGCCAAUUUGAUCUGUAUUACUCUUUAACUUCACGCGACCCUUCACAGAGUCCACACCCCAAUUAUUACCAAUCCCAUUGUCCUAUAACCUCUAAAGAACACACUGCAGGAAUAUUUUAAAGAUUGGUAGUAAUUUUUUGAGUUUUUGCCUCCUAAAAAGCAGACAUGGGACCAAGUCACACAUGUCUCAAAUAAGUCUCAAGUCAUCUUUUCUUGGGCAAGUCAAGUCAAAAGCUAUGUCAAGUCUAGUCCUGUAAUAGUUCAAGGCAAGUCCGAGUCAAGUUGCCUUAUUACGUGCACAAUCUGAUCUCAAUAAAGUGAAAAAAAAAAAGAUAUUAGUAACUGACACUUAAUGUUAUUGGCCAAUUUAUCCACUGCAUUGUAAUUACUGAUAUUCAGUUACAUACAUGGAUUCAAACUAAAGAGAAAUGAGAGCAUGGGCCUUCAUGAUCUGUUCCUUAAGUAAUACUAAUCUUGUUUUUAGCUUCUAAUCACUCCGUUUUUAAACCAGUACUUCAUUUAGUCCAUCUCAAACAGUAUUUAAUCAACUUCAGAACCUUUUGUUACUCAGUUUUAACCAAAUCUUUAGGUAGGCCUACCUCAUUGUUGCAAAGUUUACUUUUUCAGCACUUCAUUUGAUUUACACUGCAUGUGAGGAUGAACAUGUAGCUUGAAAGCCUGUGAGUCUCACAGCCAGUGCGGAUUGAUAUUGUAAGUACAAUCAGACUGGAGCUGUCUGUUUAUCCCAAUCAAAUCUGGGUAGUUGUCCAGUAUCAAGAGUUUAGUGCCAUUAGAGUGAUCUCACUUACAGAUCAGCCAGCCUGAGUCUAACAUGGCUACUGCACAAUAUGGCUAAUUGUUUCACACACGUAUGAUGAAUCAGUAAAAGAAAAACGGAAUGAUUGUGAGUUGGUGUGGCAUUUAGCCCAUUUAUCCCGCUGUUGCUAACUCAUGUGGUGAACGUUUGCUAAAUGUCAUCACAUCAUAUUAAGCUGACUGACAAACAUGAUAGAAUCUGCUAGCAUACAAGCACUUACGGACCAAGUUUGACGUUGUCGUCUGGCUGUCUGAAAUCUUUGUCCAGCAUGUCUUGCAUUCUGCUGUCCGUCGUUUGGCCUCGCAGUGGUCAUUCGUAAAUCCAUAGAGGAUGACUCUGGGUAUUAAUAUUAAUAUUGAUUUCAUAUUUAUAUCAAAACUGAAACCAUGAAAUAAACAAAACUCAAGCCAUUCAAGUCAUCAUGUCUCAAGUCAAGUCAAGUCUAGUCCAGAAUCUUUAACUUCAAAGUCCAAAUCGAGUCUCAAGCCUUUCAUCUUUUUUCAAGUUAAGAUACAAGUCGUCAAAACAGCGACUCGAGUCGACUCAAGUCCAAGACACUGGGACUCGAGUCCCCAUCUCUGCUAAGAAGUGAAAGUAAAGACUUACUGAUGGUGCAGUUAAUCAUUUCCAUGAGGUAAAAAUCAUUUUGACGCAGUAGUUCUUCUGCCUUAGUGUCUCAAUCUGAUUGUAUUUCCAUGAAGUAAUCAAUGUUCUUCCUUGAACUGAGAAACUCUGCUGCACUCAGUGAUCGACUUGUCAGGGCUCCCCGACAAACAAGCAGCAGCUGGAGGAGAGUGGGUGAGUUGUGUUUGGUCUCUUUGCUAAAGAAAUCAGGCAAAGCUAAAAAGAUGUUUGAUGGCUAGUACUAUGACUGGGACCCUAUAUGUCCUGUUGAUGAAGUUAGGUGCUGUUCUAAACAUUAUUUGUGGCUAUAGAGUGGCGUUUUGGUUGAGGUUUGCGUGUGGCGAUGUAGACCUCUGUGUAUUGCUGUUUUGCGGUUACUAAAGUUGGUAUAACUAGAGAAGCAAGCAUUCGGCAACACUCAUUUCUCAAGGGGGUGUCUAACUUGGUGUUACAGUGUGUUUGACUCUAAUUUAAUUUCAUGACGUAAUAUCCCUUUUAUUGGCCUCAAGGGGCUGGCUGCUGUCCAUGAAAAUUACCCACUUUAAAAUGACAGAAAACUCUGUCUGAACAUCACUGGAUGAAUUAAAACACAUAAUAACCAAAAGAUUAACUGAAGACUAAAUUUACAAAACACAACAGAAGCUCAAAGAUCCCUGACUGAGAGGCAGCAACAUUUAAGGGAUUUCAUCGUGAACAUGAACAUAUCAUUGAACAAUUCAGAGAAUCCCUAUACCAGAAUGUCCGUGUUGGACGGCCAUGAUCUUUGAGCCUCCAGGCAACGGGGCAUUAAAAAGGGACAUGACUCUGCAGUGAUAAUCACUGCAUGGGUCUGAAAUCAAUUCUAGAAACCAUUGUCUUAGUCACUGCAUCCACAUGUUAAAGUACUCAAGAUUUGGCUCCUCAAGGCGUCAGCUUGUUCAAUAUGACCUGAGGCAAAUGGGAAAACUGUUCAGUGGUGUGCGGAUGAACAUGUGACACUCUUUUUGAAAACGAUGGAUGCUGUGUUGUCAUCUCUAAGGAGGAACGAACUCUGUGAUUGUAUGGGGAUGUGGGAUUGUCUGUCAGAUGGGAAGCUUUCACAUGGGACGGGACGGUACCAUUGAUGCUAAUUACCGAAUACAAAGUCAAUAACAUAUACAGCAGACCUUCAUAUUUCAGAAAGACAAAGUUAAGACAACAGCAUGGCUCUGUAGUAGAAGAGUCCAGGUGCUCAAGUGAAAAAGUUCGGGAGCGUUGAAGCACAGAGGUAAACAUGUUCCUGUCCAAACCUCUUUGAAAUGUGUUGCUUGCAUCAGAUUUUAACUGCGCAUAUAUUUCUCAUUUUAGAUUCAGCAAUUAAUAUUUUUGUCUUGACAAAAUUUCCCAUUAAAUACAAAUGAUUUGAAAAAUACCAUAUUAUUGGUGUUUGACACAGAAUCCAAACUGUUUUUGACUUGUGUUUAUCAUGAGAGAAAGCUUUAGAUAAUACGGACAUGACACUCAGAUAUGAAUUAAAUCACAAACCAGGAUGUUUUGUCGUCUUCUUUAAGGGCACUUCAGAAAAACAGUCAGUGUUGUUGUGAUUUAGUGUACCAGAAACAUAAACCGCAGGUCCAGGAAGGGGCUGCAGGUAAACUGAGAGAAUAGUGCCCUCUACAGGUGAAUGGCUGUCUCACAUAUUGUAUCUGUCCACUGCAGAGGGGGACAGGGAGGGUUAGCUCAGGUCACACCUCAGUCACCCUCCUCUUUGUGAGAAAUUCAAACCUCUGCAGUGUGUCUGCUCUCUGCCGGCAGCCCUGAACGUUUCCUGAUCUCUCGACUCAGUUUGCUUUAAACUAAUGAAAAUAUUGUUCAUGCGUCAAGUCAUAACUUGAUAGUGACUUGUUGCAGCGUUGCUUGCAGGUCCUCUGAGACCUGCGCACAGACGCUCAAAAGAAAAGCUUCUCAGACUCUCCUCCUCGCACUUCCCAUCUGUGCUAUAUAUACCCGUCCCUGUGUACCUCUGCUGUGUGCUUAGUGCAGGAAAGGCAAACAGGAGGAUAUUUUCAUAUAAAUACACAUUAGAGAUGAUGGAGGCAAAUACAGGCUGCAACAGUUUGUGUCAAUUUGUGUGUGUGUCUGUGUGCUUGCAGGAAUUGGUUGAAAUGUCAUACAGAUGUGUCCAGCCUCUGUAUUAACCCCACGGGUCUUUCUCUUCUGCUAGUCCCUAUUUCUCUUUUCGUGCUUUAACCUUAGCUAGCUUCUUAUUUAAAAGGAAGAUCUGAACUAACAAAAUAACUUCUUCUAAUGUCAGUGCUCGUCCAGACUCUUACCCUGUAGAGGUGUAAGACAGAACUUCCUGAAAGUAAUGUCAAUUGUGAUUUUUUAAGAUAUUACAGGCUACUUCUCCUACAGCAUAUCAAGCAGCACUUGUUAACAUCUUGUCCUAAAAAUGGCGCAGCGAAAUAUAUGAAUACCAAAUAUGAGCACUGUGAAACCUCUGGACAAACCCAAAUGAAGAUGAAACCGGCAGACAGGUUUUAAGUAUCAGUGUCUUACGAAACCAGAAAAUAAACAGAGUAUUGUCCAAGAUAAUUACCUGAUCAAUCCACAGAAACAGGAUUUUUGUAGUCGAGUGACUGCACCAUGCUCCUGUACUGAAGUACUUCCUGUGGAGCUCCAACAGCCAAUCACCAGCUUUCAGAGUCUUGAACUGCCACUUCAAGCCUCUUCAUUCAGACUAAAGCUCUAAAAGCAUGUUGGUAAAUGUCAGUGAGAAGAGACCCGUGUUUUUAAUCCGUCACUUCAUAGAGCUCAGACAGUACGUAGCUGUGUGUGGUAUUAGAAAUUUUUAUGUUAGCCUUUAUUUCCUGUCUCCAGAAAACAACCUGCGUCUCCUCUGUUCAGAAUGAUCCCUCAUUUUCAGUCUCAGCCUCUCAUGAGUUUGUGGGGGGUUCUGGGUGGGAGGUAUGGAGAAUUCCACCUGGACUGUGGUGCAUUCGCAGGCCGCUGCGUGUUUGUGUUGCAUUAUACAUCGCAGCCUUCACAACACCACUGGCUCCACUGGGCUUAGGCCCCUGGGAUUUAAGCACGCAACCAGCAGAGAGGCCAGAGGGACGGGGAGAAAAGAGGGAGAGGAUGAGAUGUGGAAUGAUGGUGUGUGUGUGUGUGUGCUUGUGUGCAUUCAUUUGUGUGUCUUUCUGUUGCUGUGUCCUUCUACGGGUUGACUCCUCUGUCUCCUUGUUGAGGUGUUUUGCUAACCUCGUCUCUGGGAACCAAAGGGAACACGCAGCAGAAAGAACAGAUAAAGUGAGACACGUUUGCCCAAGGCCCGCGCAGAACUUUUCCCACGCAUGGAUCUACACACACACAAACACACAUCCAGAAAAUCACCUGAAUAACUGCUUAUCCAUGUUUAUUAAAAGUUUCCAAGGUGAAUGUCAGGCCAGCGGGAUGCCGUCCAGCUGUUUGUGUCUCUGUGACUGUGGCUUUAUCCACCUGAUGGUUUCUGCCCUCGUCUCGUAUUUUCUUCAUGGGUUGUUUUUUAUCUACGUCUGAUGGUCUCCCAGCUGGAUGCCAAGACCCAAACCUAGAGCUCUGCCCAAGGCUCGCUUAACAACAAAGAGGGAUCAAACGCAGCACAUGGCUUUGAUAAAAGCCCUGCAACUGCAGCGGAGCAAAUUAGAGCAGGGCAGGUCUGAGUUGGACUCCGUCCACACAGGCGGGAGGCAAGACCUGUAGAUGUGUGUGUGUGUGUGUGUGUGUGUGUGUGUGUGUGUGUUUCAAAUUAUGAAAAGGCAAAUUAUGAAAAGGCAGUGCAGGACGAAAUGACUCUUCAUGAACUUUACUGAUACGCAUGAAUUUCUUACAAGUGUUUAGAGAUGUGGACUCAAGUCAUUGUGAGUUAGGCCACUUUUAGACGGAAACGGUCUCCAUAGACAACGGAAAAAUUUAGUUUGGUUUAGGGGGGUCCGUUUAGACGACAACUGCGUUUUCAGGAGAUGAAAACGUAACAAAGUGAAAACCCCCUCCAGAGUGGAAGUGUUGUAAACGCUCUGCUAGUCCCGCUUUCGUCUAAAGUCCAAAAACGCCGAAAACAGUCAAACCUGUGACGUCCUGGAUCACAUCGGCUCACGCUUAUGACAUUGUAGCCAUGCACAGCUUCCUUGAAAAUAACAACAACAUGCCAUAUUGUGCUGCGUGCUUCUAGGAAGUAGAACGGAAGUUGUUCUACGUAUGCGUUGUUGGUCUAUAUGGGAGCACGGUCACACUGACACGCACCACCUAGCGCCCUGGCAUGGACAUUACAGCGUUUUCAACCACAUUGCAUUUUUGUGUAAACACAGCAUAAAAACUGAAAACGAAACGGCACUUUUCCGUUUUCUAUGGAGACCGUUUCCGUCUAAAAGUGGCCUUAGACUCAAGUUGACUGUUUUGACAACUUGUAACUUGACUUGACAAAAAAUGAAAGACUUGAGACUUGACUUGACUUGACCUAUUACAGGACUUGACUUGAUUUGACUUGACUUGCCCAAGAAAAGAUGACUUGGGACUUACUUGAGACUUGAAGGUUAAGCCUUGAGACUUUUUUGAGACUUGGACAUGUGUGACUUGGUCCCAUGUCUGCAAAUCACCCAUUUUAUCCAUGUCAUUGUGUUAGAAACUUCUGAUAAAAUGAGAAGUUCCUCGCUUGCAUUUCUGGUAUAGCUGUAGUCAGAGAGCUUACACGACUGAAUCAGUUAUUUAACCCAGGACAUCAGUUGAAACCUUUAAAUUAGACUGAGUGGUGUUACCACAACAGAGGACAGUGUCACUUUCCUCUCGUUUCUUGUUUUGGGAGAUGACAGUAGACCAGGUUUGUUCAUGUGUUAGCAUCACGUAAAAAAUGGAGCACUGUGCACCACGAACAGAAAUAAGACCACUAUAUUUGACAGCAUUUGGGGUUGAUGCCAGAUGACAGGAGACCCAACAAGUCUUGAUAAAGAAGCAAUUGAGCUCUCUCCUCUGAAGCCCUUCAACAUGACUUUAGUUAGUCAGGGUGAUAUUGUGUACCUUAUUUAACAAGCUUCAAACCUGAGAUACCACCCAAAAACCCAAGUCUUCACAUUAUCCUGCUUUGGAUUAGAAAUCCAGUCACACUUCAUAUUUUUACUCACCCUAAAGGAAAACAUGAACAUUUCUUUGUUGAUGAAAAUAACAGCAUCUGCAUAAGGUCCCUGUCAACCAGCCAUGAACAACUCAGUCUGUGCUGUGUGCAGUUAGUGGUGGCUCUGCACGUUUUCUUCACUUCGGUUGAUGUCUUUCUCAUUUUGCUGCGCUUUAUGCAGGUUUUUUUUUUUUUUCCUUUUCUUGACUUCCUUACUCUGCUUCAUAGUGACCAGUCAAAACAUUGACUAAAAAUCUUAAGUUUUAUGCUCUCCAAAUACAUUAAAAGUAAUAUUAAAAAUUUCCCCAGUGUUGUUUACAAGUGCCUUUAAGGGAUAUUCCUGCAUAAAUUUGAGUUAUAGUCAAACACACGGUAACACUGAGUUAGACACCCCAAAGAGAGAUGAAUGAUGCAGCGGAGUUCUGCAGCUCAAGGAAGAACAUUUUCUUUAAAAUUAUAGUCAUCAUAAUAAUCAUGUUGCUCUGCAGACGCAGAAGUUCUUCUGCCUUUUCGUCUCAGUCUGAUUGUAUUUCCAUGAAGUAAUCAAUGUUCUUCCUUGAGCUGCGAAACUCCGCUGCACUCAGUCAGCCACCUCAACAAGUGGCUACUGGAGGAGAGUGGGUGAGUUGUGUUUGGUCUCAGGCAAAGGCAAAGUUAAAAAGAUGUUUGAUGGCUAGUACUAUGGCAGGGACCCUAUAUGUACUGUUGAUGAAGUUAGGAGCUGUUCUGAGCAUUAUUUAUGGCUAUAGAGUGGCUUUUGGUUGAGGUUUGCGCGUGGAGACGUAGACCUCUGUGUAUUGCCCACAUGAGGUUGUUGCUGAAGUUGGUAUAACUAGAGAAGCAAGUGGUUGGCAGCAUUCAUUUUUCAAGGAGGUGUCUAACUCUGCAUUACGGUUUGUUUGAUCCUAACUUAUUAUCUCUUUACGAAAGUACCAUUUUUGCCACAUUGUCAACAGGCAGAAGUGAAAUAUUAAACAUUCGGGCGAAUAGAUAAUAAAUGUCGGGGUAUCACCAUAGGGUUCAUUAAACUUCUGCUGCUAUUGAGUCACCAGGUAUGCAAAAUGCAAUAUGUUUGUUGAUACUGCCAUACUGUAGAGUGUUUUUGAUAUAUUUGUCUCAUUUUCUACCUGAAAUAUUCAUGAUUUUUCCUCUCUAAAAGUACUUGUGUUGAAUUUAAGUGUUGGUAAAGGUUCAUAGUAUUACCUCCUGAUGUAGCACGACAGGUUCUGCACACGUUGCGCAGCAGCAUCUUUUUCUUCCAAAAUAAAUCCACACAACUGCCCCUCGUGCUGCUCCUCUUUGUUGCUAAACUUUCACGUGACCAGUCGAUAUCGCAGCCUUUGCGAUGAGAAAAUUGCAUUUUAUCAUAUUGCAAUGUUAUCGCGGAUGCAAUUAAUCGUUCAGCCAUAAAUAUGAGUGUGUGAAGACAGGGUCUAAUGACACAAAAACCCUCUGUCCUGAAUGAUGGGGGCCUGGUGUGGCUCAGAAGAAACAGAGUCAACCUCAUGAGAGAAUGAUGUCACCCCCGAGGCGAAUGUAAGUGGAUGUGGCUGAGCUGUGGUGGAGUGGCAGAAAGUGGGGUUAUCGCAGUGAUGAGUUGCUAAAUACUGACACUGGAUGGGGGAAGAGAAAACGGAGGUCAUCAAAGAGUCAGAGAGAGAUUAUAUGAACUGGAGAGAGGAGGAGAUGAGAGGGUAAAAGCAGACAAGGGGAUGUUUGACCUCUGGAAGGAUGAUAUACUGAUUAUUACACUACCUCUUUUUUUUUAAAGUGAAAAUUAUGAUGGUUUUACGCUCUCAAUUCAGCAAAGUUUCAUAACUCGCAGUGCAACAGCUAAUUCAAACUAAAUGAAAUCAACAAUCAAGGUGUCAUAAACCCUUCUGCGAAACAUUGGUAGCAUGACUCUGUGUUGUGCAAUAGCUCUGUCAAUAACCUGACAGCAGAACUCUCUGCAGUCUGGAUCUGUGCCACAGCAUGAUUGAGACGGGCUAACAGGGAUUUACAGAGGUAUGUGUGGUCUUGGGAACUCAUAACCCGAGACUCAUAAAACAAGCUUGAGAAACCUUAAGGAAAAGCAUGUCUCCUUGUACACAAUGAUGGCCUGAAAGUUAAUUUGGUUGGAAUUUGCCUUUAUUGAGGGACAUUUUCAUAUGCAAACUCUGUCCACUAAAUGGAGGAGCCUGAAAAUAAUGGAUUCAUAGGUUUGCUCAAAGUUAAAAAAUCACUUUUCUUGUAUUUAUCUAUUGUUCUUUACAGACUGUGAAUGGUUCUAUCAGUGUUGGCAUUUCAGAUAGAACCAGAACCUUUGUACAAGGCCAAACAUCUUUGUUAUACUCAUCGUUGUACUCCUGUGACACCUGCAGCUUCUGGGAAACUAAACUAAAGAUAAGAAAACUGCUGCGAUGACAGAAAGAUGUCAAUGGAUGUUUAAAAAUUAUCUUUGAAUGCUGAAACACCUCCACGAUCAAGUUUCAAGCCUCAGUGUAGUCAUCAUUGACACUGACCCAUCUAUGAGUCUGUACCCCUUAUAUUUCCCGUCUCUCUUCACUUGUUUCACUGGAUAACGGCAAAAAUAGCCCAGAAAAACCUCGUAGCAGUUUUUUAGGUAGUUAGGAAAUUAGGUUGAACUAGGGCUGCACGAUUAAUCGAUUUUAAAUCGUAAUCGGAUUAUGUAAUUGUGACGAUGUUUUCCUCUCUAUCAUGUCUUGUACCUCCAGGCCACCGUAGACGCCCCCUUCCUGUGAGAGCUCUCCCCAGUUCCCAAACACACCAGUGUAAACAAACAUGGCGUUCGCAAAAGAAGGCGAUAAUUUCGUGGCUAAAUGGGACAAGAGCAAGUCAGUUGUGUGGAAUUGGUACAGCUUCGCAGUGUCGGACGAAUAGCAAACCACUCCCCGCUGCAAAGUCUGUCGGAAGGCGGUAUCAACCCAUCAAAUUCAGUUGUAAACGCAAAAGGUAAACGGGUGAAAGCGGGUCAGAGAGUGCAUAAAUCCAUACACGACUACCAUUUCAUCUCUGCAUCUCUCUUGAAAACGAUUAUGAGACACACUGCGUAACUGUUUCAUGGUGCCUGCGUGUGUCCGGCCAAAACAACCUUAAUACACAUGCUCUGUACUCUUCUUCUGUCUUUGGUACAAUUCCUGGACAGCCUUACAGCGCCACUUACUGGCUUGGCAUACGCAUUACAUCGCUUUCAGUGGUUUUGUCUUGAGAGAUGAUAGAAAAAUGUUUUUUUCAAGUGAAGUUUGGUGAAGUUGUCACUGAAUGAAAAAUCACAAUUGACUUCUCAGAGAAAGAAAUCGGGAUUUCAUUAUUGGCCAAAAUCGUGCAGUCCUAGGUUGAACAUCACCAGAUGAGGUGUUGACUUUUGUUCAGAGAAGGCAUCAUUUUGACAUCUCGUGACUCUUGUUAUGUGAAACUGCAGCAGAAAUGAGAAAUUUACUCCUCACAUCUGCAAAACCUUCCCCUGUUUGAUAAAACAAACUGACUUUUAGACUCAACAUUUGUUAAGAUGAUUACACGUGGAGGAGAGCAGACGGAACAUAAUCAGUGCAGCUCCCUCUGUGGAAGUCUCACUGCCAGCUUAUGAGGAAACCUAUUUCUGUCAGGGGCAGCUGGGACUCCAGAUACGGGGCUCAGAUCUGUCCCUGUGAGGUGAGCUGGAUGUGUGUGGGUCAGGGCACCCAGUCUGAUGUUUGUGUGAGUCUGUGUGCGUGUGUGUGUGUCCGCGGUAUAUCUCCCUGACCUGUCUGGCCUGAAGGUGGUGUGUAUGAUAAGCCACUUUUCCUCCUCUCAGUGUCCUCACAGCCAGACGUUUCUCCAAAACAUUCCCACAACGUCAUGGGAACAAACCUUCUGUGCUGUAGCUCUGCUCCAUCUGAAUGUUUUCAGUAACUGAAUUUGAAUCAGGCUGUGAAAUAAAGCAUCCCUAAGGUAUGUUUGAGGUCUGAUGAAACCUCAGCCCUCUUGCCUCCUAUCUGGUUUCACUUAAAUCCAGGCGCAAGCUCAGGUACUUUGAAACUUUUGUCCUAGCCCACCCUCUCUCCUAAAUCUGUCAAUGAGGCAGCCGUGACUGUGGUCCACGGUGAACAUGCUCCAUGUUAAAUCUUCUGUGUUUAAAGAUUUAUUAUGUAACACAAAAGGUGCUGCAGGUGAUGGAAGGGUUAACAAACUCCUGACCCUCAGCCGAGAGACAGAGGUUUUAAUUCCACUACAAAUGACAAGAAAUUGGGGGUUUCAUUAUCUACAGGAGAUGAUAUCCUUCAACAAUCCAGAGUAUUUUGAAGCUAUGAUCUUUGGGCCACACAUUAAAACCAGACAUGACGUUGUGAUGGAAAUUGCAGCAUGGGCUUCAAAUUACUUCCAAAAAACACUGAGUGUCAGUGAUUGAUUAGUCCCCACAUCCACAACUACAGGUUAAAACUGUAUGAUGAGAAGAAGAUGGGGCAGAAAACACUGGUGGUCUCUCUGGGCCUGAGGCUUGAGCCCACCUGUGGUAAACUGUCCCAUGUAUGCCUUGUCACCAUGGUUGUAUUUUAAAGCAGAGGGACACUAAGCAAGCUGCAGAACAGAGUGAUUUGGGACUUUGACUUUGUAAGGCUCCUACUGCACACUAAAGAUGUCCUUUUCUGUUGUCUUUUGGUUUUUGUCAUUGCCAGGUACCUGGCUAAACUGUCAUCAGUGGGAAGCAUCAGGGAUGAGGAGACGUGCGAAAGGUUACGAGGUCUCAUCCAAAGACAGGUACAUGCUCCGAAGCACGAAUCUGAGAUUUUACCCAAAGGAUAAACCCUGAUAAAUGUCAUGAUUCCUAAAUUUACAGUUUCUUCUUUGUUAAUUGUGGCCUUUUUGUUUCAGUCAAACACAACUUGUUGUUUGAUAGAAACACAAACACAGAAUUAAAAGCUCUAUCUUAGAAAUUCAUGUAAUAGUCAACAAAAAGCAAUACAACCAAAAUGUAGCAAGUAAGUCUCUGAUUAUCUUGUCUGUCUUUAUUUGGGUGAAUUAUUUUCUCCAAUAGUUUCUUAAUUGAGACACCGAAGGAUCUUAAUUUUUUAGUGGCUCACGGUCUUCCUCUGUUUUAUGUCUUCCAGGUUCAGAUCUGUAAGCGCAGCGUGGAGGUGAUGGAUGCGGUGCGUCGAGGAGCCCAGCUUGCUAUAGAUGAGUGUCAGUUCCAGUUUCGUAACCGUCGAUGGAACUGCUCCACUCUGGAGACCAUGCCUGUUUUUGGCAAAGUUGUCACACAGGGUAAGAUUAUACACCAGAGAGAUUCCUGAAACCAACUCCUCGACUGACAGUACGACACCCCGAGCUGACUAAUGUGGAUGUUUCAUUCCUUUUAAAAAUCGAGGGACGUUUUUCAGAAUGAUUCCAUUUGUUUUGGCACCGACAUUUCAGUGUCUAGGCCCAUUUACUUCACCAGACGUUUAUCUGUGCACUGGUUUCUGUCAUUCAGCAAAAGAGGCUCUUUUUGGUGACUUAAUGAAACAAUAUGACUGUGUGUGUUUGUGUGUGUUUGUGUGUGUUUGUCCACGCGUGGGUGUUAGGCACUCGUGAGGCAGCUUUUGUGUAUGCCAUCUCAGCAGCCAGUGUGGCGUUUGCGGUCACGAGGGCCUGCAGCAGUGGAGAGUUGGAAAAAUGUGGCUGUGACCACAAUGUACAUGGAGUCAGUCCAGAGGGUAGGUCUCUCUCUUUACACACACACACACACACACACACACACACACACACACACACACACACACACACACACACACACACACACACACACACACACACACAAAGUACAGAGGGACCAACUACUCACUACUCCAGUACAUUUCAAUGGAAUCAUUUUAAAGACAAAAUAUGGCAGCAUUUUUUAAAGGCAAGAUGUAUGUCUGCAGGUAGCGUAUCAAAGAGUGUCUUAAAGGGAUAUUCCGGUGCAAGUUUAAGCCAUGGUCAAACACAUAUAGGGUCCCAGCCAUAGUACAAGCCAUCAAACAUCUUUUUGACUGUUUGCUUCUCUAGUUAUACCAACUUAAGUAACGACUGCAGGAUAGCAAUACACAGUGGUCUACGUCUCCACGCACACACCUUAACUAAAAAGCCACUCUAUAGCCACAAAUGAUGCUCAGAACAGCACCUAACUUCAUUAACAGUACAUAUAGGGUCCCAGCCAUAGAACUAGCCAUCAAACAUCUUUUUAGCCUUGCCUGAUUUCUUUGGCAAAGAGACCAAACACAACUCACCUACUCUCUUCCGGCAGCCGCUUGUUUGUGGGGGAGUCCUUAUGAGUCAAUCACUGAGUGCAGAAAUAAACAAUAAAGUGCUUAAAGUGCUACAUAGCUGACCAUUUUCUGUCUUUAUCCGAACCCUCCUGUCACAGGGUUCCAGUGGUCGGGCUGCAGUGACAACAUUGCAUAUGGUGUGGCCUUUUCCCAGUCCUUUGUUGAUGUGAGGGAGAGGAGUAAAGGCCAGUCCUCCAGUCGGGCUCUCAUGAACCUGCACAACAACGAGGCUGGAAGAAAGGUAACUGACUGCUCUUGAUGUGAAUGUGGAUGGACAUUUCACUAAUUUUGGUCUGCAUUAAAUUUGUUUGUUGUUUUAUAUUUCAAAGCAUUAUCUCCCACAAUGACUCCCAUCCCUAAAGUAGAUGGCAACCUGUGAUUACAGCCAGCAGAGGUCUGCUUCCUCAUACCUCAAUGUAACACUGAACUAAAGGUGUAAUGUACUGUAAGGGGGUGGUUGAAAUCUGCUUUGAAUAACAGCCCCCUGACUCCAUAUUGUUAUACUUGUCGAGCAGUGAAAUGGACUGCCUCUGGGUAGACUCGUCCUCCAACAUGGUCCCAAUGAGAUAGCAGUUCCUCAGGUCAGGUUCAGACCAGGUUCUGCAAAGUUCCUCGAAAUGAGCUGUUCAGAAAAGCUUGGAAACAUCACAGCAAAAUCUCUGUAUCUCGGUCCAGUAUCGACAAUCAACAUUGUAAUAUCACUGUAUAUUUAAAGAUAUAUUAACAUACCACAAUAGCCACUGGCUGAUUUCCAUGCCAAGUUUUUAGUCAUUUAAGAUAAGUAAGGGUCAAAUCCCAAAUAUUACAUUUUCUGUAAGUCUGAAUGCAAGUGAAAAGAAAUGAAGUUACAGUUAUUUGAAAAGACCAAUCAAGUCUCUUGUCAAGUCCAGGUGAAGUUUCAAGUCAAGAAAUACGAGCACAAGCCGAAACUUCAUUCAUUCAGUCAAACUUCUGGUCCGGUGUAUGUCGGUUAGAUAAGUUUGCCAGGGCAUGAAGACAAAGCCAUGUCCAGUCAAAAGUUAAAUCUCAAUCGCUCAUGAGAGUAACUCAAGUCUGACUCAAGUUUAAUAUUACAACUCAAGCAGAAGUCCAUAGUAGCUGUGAGUAAGAUCACAGACUGUUUCUGAUGGAUUCAUUUUGCUAUUUGCAGCAGUUAUUCUUGAAGUAUUAUUUACCACAAAAUCUAUCAAACUACAUCUGCUUACCCAUGGUUCUUUUGUAUUCCUGCAGGCUAUACUGUCCCACAUGCGUGUUGAGUGCAAAUGUCAUGGGGUCUCAGGCUCAUGUGAGGUCAAGACCUGCUGGAAAGCCAUGCCACCCUUCCGCAAAGUGGGAAACGUCAUCAAGGAGAAGUUUGAUGGAGCCACAGAGGUGGAGCAGCGGAAGGUGGGCAGCACCAAAGUCCUGGUACCCCGAAACUCCCAAUUCAAACCUCACACUGACGAAGAUCUUGUCUACCUGGACCCCAGUCCAGAUUUCUGCGACUAUGACCCACGAACGCCGGGUAUGCUGGGCACAGUGGGCCGCCAGUGUAACAGAACGUCCAAGGCCAUCGACGGCUGUGAGCUGAUGUGCUGUGGCCGUGGCUUCCAGACGCAAGAGGUAGAGGUGGUGGACAGGUGUAGCUGUAAGUUCCACUGGUGCUGCUAUGUCAAAUGCAAACAGUGCCGCAAAAUGGUGGAGAUGCACACUUGCCGGUGAUGGGAGUGGGGGCACCAAGGGCAUGCUUAUGGACGAAACAAACGCCCCACACUCCAGCUCAACUGCCAAGGGGAAAGGGAGAGAGAUGGAUUGCAAAGUUCCCUUGUCUCCUGCUUGAAACCACCAAACCCUUCGACUACUGGUCAAAGGAAGCACACUGAGUGGCUGACAGUUCAUCUAACCAUUUCAUGCCACCAUCUUUGUCGUCAGUUGAAAAUGCAUGGGAUCUCCUGAAAAGCGACCGAGGGAGAGUGUUUCUGCCCAAGCAGAGACCAUCUUUCACUUCCUCCCUCCUUCCCUCACUCUCAUAUUUGCUUUAUUGAUGAUGCUUCUUAUUUUUGUAAUGUUUAACUUAUUUGUUGAGACUGAGGAGAUUGAUGGGGUGGACCAAUAAGAGGGAGCAGGUGAGUGAAGAUAAUAAGGGACAGACUGGACCCAUGGGUGGGCAGAUGGCGGGUGGGGUUAAGGGGUUGGGACGGGGUCAAGAGGAGGGAUGUUUGCCCUCUGUCCUUGCUGCUGAUGCUUUGGGGACUCAUUUGGACUGAUGGAUGUCAAAAAGGGAGACGCAGAGUCUGUUAGAGGAUGGACCUACAACAAGGAGUGACACGUCACAGAUAGACUUGCUGUGGUUCUCUUUGUGAUUGUACAUGGCUGUGAUUUCUUGAUGUUCAGUCUUUCAUUUUUUCCCCUGCAAUGCCCUGAUGCUGCUCCAUGCAAACACACUCCCUCUCUUUCAGUCAGAGGGAGGAUGAUGAUGGAAAGGUGAAAGCCACAGUCAGAUCCUUCCUGUCUUUUCUGUAGGCCAAAGGCACUGGCAGGUGACGGGCAUCAUAACCACCAACACACAUAUACCCAGCAAACCCAGACACACGUAUGUCAACAGCUGCUACCUAAAACAAGGAACCCAAAUCCUCCUAUCAGAUUUGAGACGAUCAGUUCCCAUUUCAAAGCCGCCUAUCUCAAAUCGCUUAAGUACUCAUCGGAUUCAUGUUAACCGUGGCCUGUUGCUUUCAGCCAAAUGUUCAACAUGAGCAAACACAGAGACAUGCAUGCACCAGCAAACACACACAAUGUAAACACAUACACAAAGGGGUCUGCCAGAGGGUUGCAGAGCAUGCUCAACAUGCAUGAUGACUGAAGCACUUUCUCUCCAAGCGCACAUAGAGCCCUCGCCCCACCACAGCAAACAUCUGACUAUAGAUCAAAUUGUCCCCGCUGCUCACACAGACACACACACACAUGGACACAGUUUCCCAUGCCACUGUCAGGAGUCUAUUGUUGUCUUGCACCUCCACCAUAAAGCCAGGCUUUCCUAUAAUACUGUGCUAUCAUUAUAGAAACAUACUGUAGAUCUGUAAAGACUUAUACACUGAAGAAGACUAUACUGCCUAUGAAUGUAUGUUAAUACGGAAUAUAUGCUGUGUCAAAAAUGGCUGUUGUCGCUUAUUUCAAAGGAACUAUUUGUAGCGUGUGUCAGUGUAAAAAAAACAACUGCAUAUGUGUAAAAUGUCCAUAAAAACAGGCUGUGAUGGUUUGCAAACCAUAAACUGUCUUGUUGUGACAGAUCUAAA